AUGAAGAAUCAACUACUCGUUACCGCUUUACUUGUUGCUGCUACAACUGCAAUCCAAGUCAGUCAAGUGCUCUAGAAGCAAAGAGCAGAAUCAUAAGCACAGUGGAGACAAGAGGCAACAAACAAAUUCUCUUGGAAUGCCACUCAAGAAUUGAAGUGGUCUGUGGUCAAUUCGUUCAUUGAUGUUUAGACAUCUCCUGAUGGUGAUGUUUAUGCAAUCUAGAGCAUAAAAGGAGAUAUGAGUGAGCAAAAGUACUUCGUUUACAAGUACGAUAUCGUUACUAACAUUUGGACUAUUCUUGACAAGACUUUCCAAGCAAAGGCAGUAAGAUUCGAUAGACUUGGCAACAUGUACUACCUUACUCCAAAAAAUUGCGUCCUCAAUUCAAACAAAGAAGAAAUCAUUUGUGGACUUUUUGACUUUGAGGUCACUGUAAACAAGGAAAUCAUUGGACUUAGUGAUGGCACUCUUAACCAAGAUACAUUAGGAAGUCCUUAUCAUUAAGUUUAUAGCACUUCAUCAAUGUACUACUAUAAGGCUCUUGGAGGAUAGAAGGGCAUUACAUUACUUAAGGAUGAGCCUAUUUUAAUUGAUAGCAAUGGAUACGUAGAUACAAGGUUUGGAACUGGAAAAUUUAUUUCUAUCAGUGCUGGUAUCGAUGGAUCCCUUUGGGCCUUACUCGAUGAAGAUCAGCCAAGUGGAACAGACUACUCUCUAGUUAAAUGGUAGACAGUUGCUCAAAAAUGGUACAAGGUCGAGGGUGCUACUGGAAUCAACCUCUCAGCCUACAAUGAAAUCUCAGUUGCUCUUGUGAACAAAGCGGGUCUCCUGAGUCUCUCAUCUCAAGCUAAUCAACAGAAACCAGUUAGUUACACUGGAUGA